UUGGCAACCUCGUCUGCCCUCUGUUUUCCUCCUGCGCGCAUGGGGAGCGAAGGUGUUCUGGUCCUGUAGUCCCGGGUGGGAUGUACGUGCGGUGCAGGUACAAGCAGCUCCCCAACAAGUGGCUGAAGACAAAUUUGUAUUUGAUUUACCGGACUAUGAAAACAUCAACCAUGUAGUGGUCUUCAUGCUGGGAACGAUACCAUUUCCAGAAGGAAUGGGAGGAUCUGUCUAUUUUUGUUAUCCGGACCAGAGUGGGAUGGCAGUGUGGCAGCUGCUGGGGUUUGUCACUAAUGAGAAGCCAAGUGCCAUCUUCAAAAUUUCUGGUCUGAAAUCUGGGAAGGGAAGUCAACAUCCCUUUGGUGCCAUGAACCUCCCUCAGACACCAACGGUUGCCCAGAUUGGAAUCUCAGUGGAACUGUUGGAUAACCUGGCCCAGCAGACUCCUGUUGCAAGUGCUGCUGUGUCAUCAGUAGAUUCAUUCACGGAGUUCACUCAGAAGAUGUUGGAUAACUUCUAUAACUUUGCUUCGUCGUUUGCUGUUACUCAGGCACAGAUGACCCCAAACCCUUCCGAAGCUUUCAUUCCUGCAAAUGUAGUUCUGAAAUGGUAUGAGAACUUCCAGAGACGUCUGACACAGAACCCUCUCUUCUGGAAAACAUAAGCUCAAAUUGUGUCAUUUGAAGUGCAUUCUAAACAGUGUUACCUGAAGGAUGCAGCAAGUAACUCCACUGAAGAAUUUUGGGGGAGGAAAAAAAAAAACAAACAAAACUAUUAGUCUGAACAGACAAACUUGUAACUUUUGUAUUACU